CAUCCUCUCCUUCGUUACCACUAGUCAUAUUGAUCAACACCCCCUGCUCGCUAUCAUGCCUGCCUCUACCAAGUCUUCGCCCAAAGCUGCUACGCCCAACAAGAAGCCAAGGAUCUCCAGCGCUGCUUCUGCUUCCGGCUCACCUUCCACCUCCAAGGCAGCCGCCUCCUCCUCUUCUUCCUCCUCCUCCGCUGCACUCAUCGAUGCUCGCGUCUCCUCCAGCCAAGCUCUCAAGGCCAUCAAAGCCCUUCAGUCGCACAGGCAAAAGUACAAGGCAGCUCAGCUCGACAAGGGCAAAGAGGCGGGAAAGAGCGUCCUGCCCCUAGAUGGAGAGGACGACGAUGCAGCAGGAGCGGGCAGAACAGAGGAUAUGGGUUACCUGAACGUCACAGUCAAGCGGCUUGCAAAGGAGAAGAAGAGCAAGCCUGUCAGCAUCGCUCUUCCUCACCCCCUGAACCCUCUCAGAGCGACGGAAGUGUGCUUGUUCGUCAAGGACCCCCAAAGGACAUACAAGGACCUUCUCCCCACCCUCGGCGUCUCGUGUAUCCACCGCAUCGUCGGCGUAAGCAAGCUCAAGGGGAAGUUUGCCCCCUUUGAGGCAAGACGAAGCUUGAUGGACGAGUAUGAUUUGUUCCUCUGCGACGAGCGCGUGGCUCCAAUGAUGCCUGCUCUGCUGGGUACAAAGUGGAUGCAGAAGAAGAAGAUGCCAGUCGCAGUCAAUGUGGUCAAGAGUAGGCAUAUGAAGGCAGAGCUGGAAAAGGCCAUCGGAUCGACCAGAUUCUUUUCCAACAAGGGAUCGACAAUCUCGGUACCCGUCGGCUCGCUCAGCCACUACUCUCCCGAGGAGAUCCUAGAGAACCUCUCCACCGCUCUGCCCAAGGUGGUGAGCAAGAUCCCCUUCGACGGCUGGCAAAACAUUCAAAACAUUGAGAUCAAGACGGGCAAGAGCGCCAGUCUGCCGGUCUGGAACUGCGAUCUCGACUCGCGAUGGGUGGGGGUGCCGGAUGCCGAGAUGAUCGAAUCGCCAGAGAUUUCAGAGGCUGACAGCGAGAGCGAAGCGGAGGAGGCUGCGCCUGCACAGGCACAGGUGGCGGCCGCUACAAAGCCGAAGGAGGGUUCGAAGAAGACGAAGUCUUCGACUCAAGUGGAGAACAAGGGAGCUGCCAAGGCUGGCAAGGUUGCUGCUACUUCUGCUGCCAAGGUGUCGGGUGACAAGAAGGAGAGGGAGAAGAAGGAAAAGGCGGCGACAAAGGGCAAGAAGUGAGGUGGGAUGCUCAAGCUGAUCGGACGCAGGAGUAGUCAUCGGUUCACAGGCUUCAGUGGACAAUUCGAUCCCAUUCCAUUGACAAUCAGCGCGAACAAUGUGACAAGAUAUGGG